GUGAGAUGACGUAAUGACGCAGUUAACUUGCAGCGGCCAUUUUGGUAGAGGCAGAAGAUAGGAGUUGGUAAAGCGAUCUCUGUAAGACAGUAAGAUUGUGUGGUUUAUGCGGUGGAGCUUACUGUGCUUAAUGUGACCUCUGGAUCCGGCAACAGAAUGGCUUCUUCCUUCAUUAGGAGAGGAUUGCAUUGUUCCAUAAAAGGUGGAGGACUUGGCUGGAGGUAUUUUAGGACAAUGACCUUCUGCAGGAUGUCACAGUCACUAGUAAGGGUCAGCCAGAGCCCUGCAGGAAAAACAACACCAAUGGAAGAGAAGAGAAUCCGGGCUUACCAGACUACCGCUACAUUCCAGUCUCAAGGCAGCUCUGAAGUAACAGAUCUCUCAGAAGAAAUCGUGGACGUGGUGUAUGUGGACAGAUCGGGCCGUCAUAUACCAGUGAAAGGGAAAGUAGGAGAAAGUGUUCUAUACCUAGCACAUCGAUGUGACAUUGAUUUAGAAGGGGCCUGCGAAUCCUCCUUAGCAUGUUCUACGUGUCAUGUGUAUGUCAGUACAGAGUUUUUUGAUAAACUUCCUGAUCCAGAUGAAAGGGAAGAUGACAUGUUGGACAUGGCCCCUUUGCUGCAGGAAAACUCCAGACUCGGAUGUCAGAUCAUUCUCACGCCAGAACUCAAUGGAGCCGUGUUUACGCUCCCUAAAGUAACUAGAAACUUUUAUGUGGAUGGGCAUGUGCCUAAACCUCAUUGAAUGGAACAUUUCUACAUGUUUUAAUGGUUAAUGACUUUACAAUGGGAGAGCAUAAGGAUGGAGGAAAUAAACACUGACAUUCCUCUCGCAAGGGAGAAUGAAUUGCACUUUACUCCAAUUGGAAAUUACUCAUGGACUCCCAAUACCUGAUGACAUAAAUGGUUUUCACCAAGACAAAAAAUGGAAAACAUGCUGUUAUAGGGCUCUGUCUAAUAAAAAUAACUGUUUUUUUUAGGGUGGGUUGGUCAUACACCGACAACAGGGUUCCCUCAAAGAAAAAUAAUCUAUGCAUUGUAUGAUCCCCAAAGAGAAUUGUUUUAGUUACAUUUUAUUCUUCGAGAGCUUCACGCAUACAGUGGACUAAUAGUGGUACAUGGUAGAUGUUUGUGUAACCAAUUCAGGCUGAUGGCUAUAUCGUAUUAUAUAUAAUAUAUACAUUUCUGUCAUACUCCCACAACAGCAGGACAGAUUCAGCUGCUCCAUCUAUUACACCUACUGACAAGGCUAGUUUCAAUCCAGACAUUGUCUCAGAGAAUGUCCCUUCAUCUUCUGAUUCUCCUUCCUCUUAUCAGCCAUCAGGAACAGCAAACACUUCAAUCACAUGACACCUGCAAAGGGUGUAUAAAUACACCAGCGUCUUCUCUAAAUCAGGAGAAGACUAAGGUAUGCUUUAAUUAGCCAAGCUUUGUGUUAUUAAAUUAAAAACAAAGCCAACUAUAAUACAAUGAACUUGGAUGAGAGGCCGAUCAAACAGGAGAAUUAUAUAUUUGAAGCCCCA